CGCCGCCAAAACCGACGACGAGACGACCGCCCGGGCGUGACGUCACGCAUCGGACAGCUGCUGCUGCUGUAGGUAUAUUGCACAUCGCGAGCAACGUACCUACAGGAGCAUAACUUAAUAGUCCAUCAAUUUCGUUCCAGCCGCUUAUCGGUGCGGUCGUCCGUCGUUAUCGCGCCUUUUCCCCGCUCAACGCUAUUGCUUAUUAAAGUUAAAUAACUGUUCCGUUCAUUGAUUUUUCUCUAAAUUUUUUUUUCCACUUUUCGUUUCGAUAAAACGAACACGUUUGUUUCGUUAUUAUUUUCAUAUUCACACACACGCGUGCACUCAAUCCAACGUCGACGUUUCGGCAAAACCGGCGUCGUUAUACUGUCCAUAGCAUCCGUCGUACCGGCGGACGGUGGUAAUAUUAUCUCAGGACCGACGAGUCCGAUCCAUCUCGUUCGCCGCCCGCCAGGCCGCAGUAUACGACACGUGCACGUUUGAUGUUCGACAGCAAGCGACUCGUGUCUAACGUACGUCCGUUCGUCCGGCGGAUGAACAUCUUCAAGACCAAGAAUUUCGUCAUCGCCGUGGCCGUCCGUUUGUACAAAGUGGUCGCCGGCAAAAUGGGUGUUAACGGUGCCGACAAACAGGGUCUUGCACAAUACAACGAUAUGUUUGAAAUGGCGACCAGACUUUGCAGGAGUUACUUACCUGGAUCCUGGAAGAAGAUUACAAUUAAGGACAUAUGCGUAAAACGAAUUAGUGGUGGUUUGAGUAAUUGGCUGUAUCGGGUGACAUUACUUAAAGGUAAUGCCGAACCUCGGGAUGUAUUGAUGAGGUUAUACGGACAAACGCACGGCGAGAAUGCUAUCGAAAAUAUAAUCACAGAGUCUGUGAUAUUCACAUUGCUGUCGGAGCGUGGUUUAGGGCCUAAGUUGCAUGGAAUAUUCCCUGGAGGCCGUCUCGAAGAAUACAUUCCGGCUCGAUCAUUGAAAUCUGAAGAGUUAAGCGAUCCCAAAUUAAGCCUUAUGAUUGCAGAAAAAAUGGCUGAAUUACAUCAGCUCAACAUUCCAAUCAAUAAAGACUCAACGUGGUUAUGGGACACCAUGGACAGAUGGUUACAACAGCCAAUUAAAGAUGUAAACUGGUCACGAGACAACAUGGAGCUUGAUCAGAUACUAUCCAUAAAUCUCUGCGAUGAAACCCGCUGGCUUAAAAAACAUUUGUCAAAGUUGAGGUCACCUGUUGUAUUUUGCCACAACGAUCUUCAAGAGGGUAAUAUUUUAAUGAAGGAAAAUGAACCUGGCUGUCGAUCAUUAUGCCUAAUUGAUUAUGAAUAUUGUGCAUAUAAUUAUCGUAGUUUUGAUAUUGCUAACCACUUUGUAGAAUGGACUUAUGAUUACACAAAUCCCAUUUAUCCACAUUACUCAGUUAACCGAGAAUUGUUUCCGACAAAAGACCAACAAAUUGAGUUCUUGAAGCGGUAUUCGCAAUGUAUGGAAAAUGAAGAAUCCAUAGAAUUGAUACUCAAUGAAGUAAAUCACUUUAUUUUGGCAUCACAUUUAUUCUGGGGUGUAUGGAGCAUUGUCAAUAGUCGAAUGUCAAAAAUUACUUUUGGAUACAGAGAAUACGCAAUAGAACGGCUCAAAUCAUAUUUUAAGCUUAAAGAAAGUUUAAUAAAUAAUAAAUAGUAUGUAAUACAGAAAUACUUUGAGUACUUAUAAAAGGAAUAGGUUAAUUGUAGACCAAUAUGUUUCAAUAUUCUGGGGAAGACUGAUUUAUAUUUCAAAAGUUUGGUCCUUAAUUUAAUUAGUCUGAUUAUUUUUCAUUUUCACUUACAUCAUUUUUAUUUAAGUGUUCUUAAACUUAUAUUGUGAGCUUCUUUUAUACAUCUAUGUUGUAUUAAAAAUUAUAACAAGAGUUUUAAUUUUUGACUAAUAAUAAAGACCAGUAUCUAUUGUUAUUCAUAUUGUUCAACAUUUGUAAAAUUAAUGAAAACCAAUUUUUCUUUAUUCUGGUGCUAAGUACUCAUACUCUGAUAAUCAUUAUGAAUUUGUGAAGUUACAAAUUUUAUAAUGUAAAAAAACUGAAUUAUAAAUUGUGCAAUAAUAAUUAUUAUAUCAAGAACAUGUGAUUAUUGUACUUAAACAUAUUUAAAUAUUAUAACUAUGAAAUCCAUCCUGUACUUUUUAUAUAUUGCUAUUGUGUGUCCUAUUAGCUGUUAUUAUGUGUAAUUGAAAUGUGAUUUACUAUUUUUUUUUAACUUAAAGGCUUUUUACUGUGUAUUUAUGUCUAUUUAUGUCUUUAGGAGUUUUCGGUUUUAUUUUGUUUAGAUACAUUAUCCUGUAGUAUUUAUUUGUUAGUAGCCAUACAUUUUGAUGGUUUAUUGCCUUACUUAUUAAAGAGAGAGAACCAAAUAUUAUGUUAUUUUUAAGAAAUAAUGAAUGGCUUUGUAAAUUAUUAUUGAAGAAUAUUAAAUUUGAUUAAACUUAUUUAUAAAAAAAGUACAAAAAAAAUUAUAUAAUAUAUAUUUAUACACACACAUUAUAUAGUAUAAACACAUACAUAUCAAAAUUUUAAAUGUUUAAUUUUGUAAUUUAAUCAUAUGUAAAAUUAUUGAAUUUCUGCUAAAUAAAUCUGUUUAUCUGAUAUUUUACUGUUUGCACUUGGUUAAGCAAAUUUACAUAUUUGUUAAUCAAAUUAUUAUUUUUUUUGCACAAAAGUAGAUUCAUUAAUGUACAAGUUUAUAUUAAAAUAUGAUAUUUGUCGUCAUUAAUUUUUCUAACACAUUUUUCAAUGGUUGCACCAUUUUUCAUCAAAUCACAUUAAAUAACUUAUAAUAAAAUAUAAGAUUUGAAUAUGUUUUAAUCAAUAACCGAAUAAUAAAACUCAAUUAUAUUUUGUUAACAAAAUAAGAUGCUUGUUGGGUUUGCACAUAUUUUUAUAAUUACAUUAUUAUUAUUAUUAUUAUUAUUAUUAUAUAUACCCCAUCAUAAUUUAUACAAAAUCAAAAAUAUCUUUGUCAUGUACUGAAUUACAUAUUACAUAAUAUGAAUACCUUACAAUUUGGGUUGUUGGGCAGAUAUUAAUUUUUUUUUCCUCAUUUUAUUUGUUCCUCAUUUAAUAUUACUAUUUAUUAUAAUCAGUCACACUUUUUUAUUCUAUGGUUUCUCUGUGGUUGAACUAAACUUAGCUGGCUUACUAUUAUUCUACCGUCUACACAUUUAUUAUGUUUUAAUCUUUAUUGUUAUAAGUAAUUAUAAUUUUUUUUUUAUUAUUAUAUAAUAUUUGUGUUUAAAUUUAAGUUUUAAUUAAAAACUCUUGUAUAAUUUAAA